UCUUACCCAGAUACAACAGAUACGUUUUUUUCUGAUUGGCUAUUGUGUAGCCCAUUUCUUUUUUUUGAUUGGCUGAUAAGUGGCUCCUCACAGCAGAACUCCAGGGGAGCGCUUGAUUCCUCCACGGUGAGGGCAGCGCGGCCAGCUCAUGUUGGCGCGCUGCGGCACAUUAAAACAUUAAAUAGCCGAGAGUUUUUUUCAGCGUGAGAAAUACGAUGUGUGGCGGGAGUGCGUGACUUAAGACCGAAAUGCGUGAGUCUCACGCUCAAUGGAAGUAAAAUAUAACGACGCCAUUAAUUAACGCCAGUUUCGCUUGUUGUCUUUUCUGGCCAAGAGCGUCCGUUGUCUAGGCAACAAGUACACGAUCUCUCCGCUCAUCUGCGAACACGAGUGAGUCUUCACGGUUUGUUUUGUCGGCUAACAACAACUAAGACAGAGUUCAAACAUGGCAGGAGAAAAGUGGGCGUUUGAGCAAACCUUUUCUUUUAAUCAUCUUCCUUGCAAGGAGUUCUCCUUCCUCAAGGACCGGGACAUUUUAAAACUCCUCAUGAAAUGGUCCAUGCUGGGGAGGAUGUCAGCUCAGUCUUACAGCUUUGACCAGUGCUUUUACCCCUACAACAGUCACGCGUUUGCACUGUGUUUCUUUAGAGACCCCAAUGUGGCAUCCAGUCUAAGAAAGAUGGAGGCCGGAGCCUGGGUGCCUCUUGACAAGCCGGUGGUGUCUGUUGACGUGGAGCCGGUGCAGUGCACUAAAGUCUCCAUGGAGCUGUUCGACCCAAUCUACUCUUCUGGGAUUGUGAGGCCCUCUGGACAUGUAGUCAAAUGUAUUCAUGAUGUCUACCCCGACUAUGAUGAACUCAGACAGAUGUUGCAGGAGGAGGACUCUGAGCACCACGAUGUGGUUGGGAAGGAGGAGCAAGGAGAGUUUCUGUUUCGCCUCUUUAAACACUUGUGUAUUGGGGGAGAGUUAUGUCAGUACGAAGACACCAUCGAUCCUUACAUCAGCACCACAAAGCACAUCUACAAAGACCUGAUCAGUGUUCAGAAGGAUCCAGAGACUAAGAAGAUCAGCGUUGUCUCCACAGUCCUUAAAGUCUGUGCCUACGACGAGUCUGGACGAUGUUAUCCCGGAAGACGAGAGGAGGAGCAGACGUUUGCCUAUGUGAUCGUGGACCCCUUCAAACGACAUGCAACGUUGUUCUCCCACUUCUACGGUGUAGGACAGUUCACUUUGUGACAGAGCAGAGCUGGGCGCUGGAAGAAGAGUUUGUUAGAUUCCUUGUGCACAUGUAAAAACAGAUGAGCUCAGACUGGGAGCCGUGUCCAGAAACUAGUUGUACACAAUGAAUUCCCAGUUUGAGUGACAAAAAGAGAUGGAUUCAUUAUUUUUGUUAUAGUUAAGUGUCAAUAAAAUGCUUUUGAACAGCCUUAAAAUGACUAUGCCUGCCGUUACAUGAU